UUAAUUAGAAUAGUUAAUUAAUGUUUUGCGUACUAAGUUUAUAACACAUUCAAACGCGACAAAGACUCGUCAUCUUCCACUAUGUUUAGAUCAAAGAGAUUAUAUAUAUAUUAAUAAUUAUAAUCUUGUUCUAAUCUAAUUAUGUUUAUUAAGAGAUCAACAAGGGCAAGCAUACUACAACCAUCUUACAUGUCAAAAAUUCAUCCUUCAUAUCAUCCUAAAAUUUUGCGACGCAAGCGUCUUGUUUACAAUAAAGACGAUGAUGGCGAAUAUAACAAUAAUAAUCGUCUUCUUCCUCCUCGUGUAAUAACAAGUAGACCACGAGUUGAUUCUCCUUCUAUUUUCACGGUUUGGAAAAAAUCGAGUAUGAGUUUCCAAGGUACGGAUGGGUUCACGGUGUUCGAUAAGCAAGGGAGGUUAGUUUUUCGGGUUGACAACUAUACCCGAAGGAAGAACCGGGCCAUCGCUAGCCGCGGUAGCCGAUCCGGUGGACUAGUACUCAUGGACGCACAGGGUAAACCUCUCUUAACAUUGAGACCACAGAUGAACGCGCAAUUACAAUACGAAUGGAAUGGAUAUAGAGGAGGAGAAGAUGAUGAUGGAUCCACUCCUUUAUUCGUAAUGAGAAAACCUCCAUCAUCUUUGUUUGCGAUGAUGGGAGCAAGCAUGACGACUACGUCAUGCCAAGCUCAAGUAUUUGUUGGCAUGGACAUGAAAAAGAAGCCAAAUUACAGAGUAGAGGGUUCUUUUCGUAGGCGAACUUGCAACAUCACAAAUUCAGAUGGCCAUAUUAUAGCAAAUCUAUCGCGAAAAGUAGCUAAUGCUACUACUCACACCACUAUUUUGAUUAGCGACGAUGUUUUUAGCUUGAUGAUACAACCAGGAUUUGAACCUCACAUUUUUAUGGCUUUUGUUAUUAUUUUGGAUCGUAUGUAUCCUAACUCAUACACUCCCCUUAUUUGUUCUGAAUGUAAUUGAUUUUUAUCUCUAUUUGCUAAUUACAUUGCCUUGUUAGUGAUCUAUCAUCAACUAGGGGUACUGUACAUGGUCGGGUUGGUUCAGGUUUUUCAAAUAUCAAACCAAACCAUUUGAAUUGUGUUUAA